CGGCACAGUGUAUCCCUUCAGCACCUGGACUUUAUGCACGGAGAUAUACAGAACAGGACAGUUCGAUUAUUUCUUCUGAUAGGGGCAUAAAGCGGGGACGGGAUUAUGUUUGCAUAAAUGUGGUAAAAGAUAGCACUCGAUGGACAAGUUCACUCCAGUCAAGACUGUCAGCUAUGGUGGAGGUGGAGCUGGAGCAGGGAGCAAAGGAGAUCUUUUUGUGAGCUCGGGUGGAUCAGGUGGAAGAGCUGCAACAGGAGGCUCCAGUGGCACAAGCAACUCAUUUGUGGUAACAUCCAGCCGCUCUGGUGGUUCAGGAGCAAACAACGGCACCGGAGGCAUCACUAAUGUAGCAGCAUCCUCUGCUGAGGGCUCUGCAGCCUCUUGGGGCUCUGGGGAAGGGUUCAGGGCUGCUGGAGGGGGGUCCUCCGGGGCAGGGCUCAGUGCUGAUGGAGGGGGGUCCUCUGGCAUGUCCUCUGGUUUUAUCGUUGAUGGCAGAGAUGGAAAAAAGGAGGGGGGUCAAGGUGCUGUAUCUACAGGGAUAAAGACAAGCUACAGUUCAGGUGGAUACGGUGAAGCAAAGAAAGGGUCUUCCUCUGCAGUCACUUAUUCUCCAAAACAGAAGAGGAGCUUGGCAGCAGCUCUCCCAGAUGUGUUUGAUGAAAGUUCAAGCACAAACUCUUCUCCAGAGUACACCAGGAAAGACUACGGCACAUCAAAUGCAACUUCAAGGUCUGCCACCAGGGGGAGAACUCAGAGCAGAGAGAGUGAGAUCAGAGCCAGACUUCAGAGUGCUUCUCCACCAGCACGUUGGACGGAGCUGGAUGAUGUGAAGCGUCUGCUGAGAGGAAACUCCACCAGCACCAGCCCCACUCAGUCCCCCAACAACACUCUGCCCAUCCCGAGGAAGGCCCGUGUGGAGGCCAGGAGCAUGUCUGAGAGCUCCAGCAAAGACCUCCCCUAUGACAGCAAUUGGCCUGGAGGUGUGAGCAGUAACUACACUUACAACACAAACCACAACAACCUGUCCAUCUCCUCCCCUCUUUACCAGUCAGGUCCAGGACUUCAGAACAACAUGACUCUCAGCUCUCCCUAUGUGAGCAGUGGCCUCUCUGCCAGCAGCGCAGCUCCAGUGUACGGUGUCCAGAAUAAUCUGACCAGUACCAGCCCAACUCUUCUCUCUCCAGCUGGAGGAAUCUCUCCAAUAGUUUAUGGUGUGCACAAAAAUCUGUCCGGCCUUGGAGUAAGCCCAAACACAGUGAGACCAAGAAGUCCCUCUGCUGACAAUUCCCCAGGAAAAGAUUUUGUUCUGUUAGAGAAGGAGAACACUCCCAUCAAGAUGGAGUCACAGAGGCUGGUCGCGACCAAAGUCACGGCGAAGCAGUUCAUGUCUGCUCCUACUUCUGCUAGUACUUUUGUGACCUACCCUGACGACUCACUGAAGAGAGAGAAACAGAAGCUAUCAGCCAGCACAGAGUUAGAAGGAGCAGACACUAAAGCUUCUGGCCUGAGGGUUGCCACAAAAGACAAAGCCACCUAUGCAGAGUUCCGAAAAGAUGAAUCAGGUUUUGGCUUCUACUCCGGGUGCAGUUGGUGGAAGUGGCUGCUAGGCCUCCUGCUCAGCCUGCUCCUCCUCCUCGGACUCCUCUUUGGACUCAUCGCUUUAGGUGAAGAGGUGAAACGCUUAAAGAACCGCGUCGAUGCCUUGGAAGCCAUCACUGGCAACGCCCCAGCCCAGUCCAGUCGCGUGUCGGACCCCAAUGGCAUCAACAUGAUCAAUCCACUGGAUCAAGCAAAUGUUGGGCUGGGAAGAGGAGGAGACUCAACGAGCACACAGAGACAGGACAGCACUGAACUGCAGAUAACUGUUCAGCAGCUGAUCAGGGCUGAGCUCCAAAAGGAUGCUGUACGAGAAACACUUAAAGGAGAGAGAGGAGAGCCAGGGACCAAAGGUGACCCAGGGGCACAAGGACAAAAAGGCGAUGGCGGUUUCUCUGGUCCGCCAGGUAAUCAAGGGCAGAAUGGUCACCCAGGACUGGAAGGGCCCAGGGGACCUAAGGGAAGUGCAGGUGAACCAGGUCCCGAGGGACAAUUAGGACCGAGGGGCCGUGAGGGACAGAUGGGACCUCGCGGAGAGACGGGCCCAUCUGGUUUUGGAGUGAAAGGAGACCAAGGUGAGCCAGGACGCCCAGGUCCUGCUGGUGCUGCUGGACCCAUGGGGCCGAAAGGUGAUCAUGGACCAAAGGGUUACCAGGGUGAACCAGGAGCGCCAGGAGCAAAGGCUGACAGAGGAAGUCCGGGGACGCCAGGAACCAAAGGAGAGCAGGGAGAGCGGGGAUCACGUGGAUCAGCAGGUGAACCAGGACCACCUGGACCACAAGGUUCUGGUGGACCAAAGGGGACUAAUGGGAUUACAGGUGAGAGAGGUUCAAUAGGACCUCCUGGAGUCAGAGGACCAGCUGGACCUCCUGGAGAUAGUGGACCCCAAGGCAUCCCUGGGAUUCAAGGACCCCGAGGCAUCGCCGGGAACCCAGGCCAACCUGGUGCUCAAGGUGCACCCGGUUCAUCUGGUAAAGUCAUCACUCCAAUUGGCUCUGACACUGUGGCCAUCCCUGGACCUCCAGGGCCAGCUGGGCCUGUAGGCCCUGCUGGAUCCCCUGGUUUGUCUGGUCCCAUUGGGCCUGCUGGUGUCCCAGGACAACCUGGCUCUAAGGGUACACAAGGGGAGGCAGGAGAAAGGGGACCGAAGGGAGAGCAAGGAAAACCUGGCGAGCCGGGCAUCAGCGUCACAAAUUCAGAAACUUUCAGUGCCACCCGUACUGGACUUUCCUCAGUGGCAGGUUUGCCCGGUCCACCAGGACCCCCAGGUCCUCCUGGACCAUCUGGUCCUCAUGGUCCUGCUGGUGAGACUAAACAAGGUCCUCCAGGACGCAGAGGUCCUCCAGGACAGCCAGGUGAUGGCUAUCCUGGACCCCCAGGACCGAGAGGAGAACCUGGCAGCUUUGUGCCUACUUCAGAGACCUUCUUUGCUGGGCCACCAGGACCCCCUGGUGCAAAGGGCCCAUCAGGUGAGAGAGGACCACAAGGUUACCAAGGUGAACCAGGUCAACCAGGUCUACCAGGUCAACCAGGUCAAGCAGGUCCACCAGGUCUAACAGGGGCAGCAGGUGUUGGUUACCCAGGUCCAAUUGGACCUAUGGGGCCUCAGGGACCACCAGGACCUCAAGGUGAUGCAGGUAUCCCUGGAGGUGGUUCAUUCAGUCCUGUCACGAGUGGAAGAGAUGAAAGUAGGCCAGGACCAGCUGAUGUGGGCCAGUAUAUCUCAGAGUACCUUCAGAAUGGUGCCAUCAGGGAGUAUCUGGCUGGACCUCCUGGACCUCCUGGGCCUCCUGGUGCUCCGGGAGCCCAAGUGAACACAGGGGACGUGCUUGUGGAUGAUGUGACCAAUCGAGUCGUAGCCUACAUCCAGAGUUCAGUUAUAGGAUAUGAUGGGUCUGUUGGACCACCUGGACCUCCCGGGCCUCCUGGACCUCCGGGAGGCCCAGGGACUACAGAGGCCACAGGGAAUGGGCUGGUGGACGAUGUUGCCAACCGAGUCAUCGCUUACAUCCAGGGUUCAGGUAGAGGGUAUGAUCGGACUCCUGGCCCUCCGGGUCCUCCAGGUCCACCUGGCACCGUAUCUAUUAAUGACAUCAUCAAUCUUUUACAACGGGAGGAUGUGAGGAGAUAUGUUGCUGGUCCAGCCGGUCCACCAGGACCAUCUGGUGGACAGAUAUUGAACACCCAGCAGGUGGCUGAACAAGUGCUCAGUCUCAUGAAUGAGAGGGGAUUGGGAGGUGUUCCUGGACCACCUGGACCCCCUGGACCUCCUGGACACUUGUUAUCAACUGGGUAUCAAUCAAAUGUGGGCUCUCAAGGGCCUGCUGGUCCACCUGGUGUCCCUGGUCUACAAGGACCACCUGGACAAGCAGGACCACCUGGCCCACCAGGAUUUGGCAACCACAUCAGCUCAGACAUUCGUGACUACAUGCAAAGUGUCGCCUUCAAAGGCUUACCAGGCCCCCCUGGUCCCCCUGGACCUGAGGGCCCCCCUGGUCCAAUGCAAGGACUGGUCUCAUAUGACAGAGAUUCAAUCACAACAGAACAACAAGAACAUUUCAAGAAAGCCAUGUUUGGGCAUCCUGGUCAGCCAGGCCCUCCUGGACCCAAAGGACAUAAGGGAGAGCCUGGUGUGCCUGGCACUGGAGCCUGGAGACUGGAUACUGCUGACUUCUUCAGUAUAGCUGUCCGAGUAACUGAUUACAUCAAAUCCCAUGGUCUGCUCCGUGAUCUCCGGAGAGACCCUGAGCGUGUUGUCCAAGGACUUCCAGGACCACCUGGACCUCCAGGAAUACCUGGACAAAGCCAGUGGGUCAGCUCCCGUGAAAAUGUAGCGAGUCUAGCUGAAUAUCUCAAAUCUCAUGGUGUGCUGCACAAUAUUGUGAGCACCUACAACAGUCGCAUCGUCCAAGGACCUCCAGGACCGGCCGGGCCCCCAGGUCCACCAGGAUACAGCGGAUUUUCUGGUACAUAUGGAAAUGCCACAGAACUGCUGGAAUAUAUCAAAUCGCAUGGCCUGGCCCGUGAAAUCGAGCGCACUCACAAUGAACGUGUCAUCCACGGACGACCUGGACCACCUGGGCUUCCAGGUCCACCGGGUUCCAGCCGCUUGUUUGGUUCUGAUACAAACGUCUCUGAUUUGGUGGAAUACAUCAAAGCUCAUGGAGCCAUUGUAGGAAAUCCCGGGAGACCAGGACAGAAAGGGGAAAUGGGAGUUCCCGGCAUCAAGGGAGACAGAGGUGAACAUGGUCCUCCUGGGCAUCAUGGACCCAGAGGACUAAAGGGUGACAGAGGAGAUUUUUCACUGAUGACCAAAAGACGGAAGAGGAGCGUUGGCAUCUGAGAACAGCGUCUCUGGACAUAUGGACCUUUAAGAGUUGUGUAUGAAUAAGGAGGGAACAUGUACUGAAGCACUGGAUGCAGCCUAUCAGUUGGAUUUUUGUAAGGGACGUGAUUGUAUUUUUUGUAUCCAUAAAGCUUUACAGCUCAGAGUUGUAUUUGGGAAUCAGG